UUGUUUCCGGUCUUGGCAUCUUUCCUCUUUGUUCGCUUCUCUUCGUAGUCGUCUCAACUUUUCCCACCAAUUCGUUACAGUAGCCAGUCCAUUCUGUACCAGUGCCUGCACAUUUGGGUUUCUUUUUACGUUUUCCUAGCCUUCCUUGACCGGACAACGUCGUCACCCAAUUGAUAUACAUAUUUUAACGUCGACGUCCGCACCGUCCGGAGAUUCCGGCACCACCCUCGACAGCAUGGCCCCGGCGGUCGCCCACCUAUUCGCCCGGGAUUACGAGAAUUGCACAUUCGACGAGGAAGGCUAUAUCGAUGAGAAUAGCUGCUAUGUGCCCUUUUGGAGCACAAGGACGGGGACUAUCGUGAAGUGGUCGCUCUUCCUCGGCAUAAUAGUAGCAGCUGGGCUUUACCUUCUGGUUGGCUAUGUGCACGCUCAGAAGAGAAUAAAGAAGGGCCUGCCACCCCUAUCAUAUCACCGAUUCCUUGUCUCCCGCGCAACACUCGCCCGAGUUGACCCUCGCUAUCGGCCUGUCCAACCGGGAGCCGUCUACAUACCCACUGCCGCUGAGCGGAACUAUUACGACAUGCAGGCAAUGCCCCCGCCUGUAUACGAUCCUAAUGCGCCCCGACCCCCCAUGUACGAACCUCCAUCCGGCUCGACCAAGAUCGAACCCUAUCAACAACAGCAGGGUGUCCAACAAAGCCAACAGCCGACUGAGCAGCGCUUUGAGUAUGGACCACCACCUGGCUCACCGCCGGUACCCGGUCCGUCACAGGGCACAUGCGCACCGCCUCCGGGACCUCCGCCGAGUGCCGUCCGGCCUUAGGGGACGGGUAACACCAAUCCUUUCCGAGGCCGAAGGAGGAAGGUUUCAUGGGCAAACAGCGUCUCGCAGGGAUAGAGGGAGGUGAAGUGCGUAAUGGUAAUCACCAAGUCAGGAGAAAGGGGCGGCUGGGGGGUUAUAAGAAACGGCGUUAGGUUCAGGGCGGCACCCAUCUCGGCAUUGCUUUGCAUUU